AUGGUUGUGCUGGUGAAGGUGAAGGUGGUGGUGGUGGUGGUGGUGCUCGGCGGUGGCGGUGGCUGCGGCAGCGGAGGAGGCAGUGACAGUGGUAGCAGCAGCGGCAGCAGCAGCAGUUGCAGUAGCAGUAGCAGAAGAACUAUCGAAAUCCAUUCAACUAAACCAAUCUGGGCUGCGAUUGUGACUACUGCAAAUAAUGAAUUGGAGGCAUUUUUGCUUCUCCCGGUGAACGCAUUGUCAACGGAAUACUUCAUUCCUUCGUACCGACCAUACUCUGCAAAUUCGUAUAUGUCCCAAUUCUUAAUCGUUGCAACCGAAACUGACACGACAGUGGCAAUUGAAUUUCCCUCUACAUUUACUCCAUGGGCAAAGGGACAUAUUCAGAUUGAAUUGCAAAAGUACCAAACGUAUUUGUUUCAAAAUCUAAUGGACACCACUGGAACACUUGUCACUAGUGAUAAAGCAAUUUCUGUCUUUGCCGGUAAUAAUUAUGGUACAGUGCCUAAAGACGGCUCAGGCUUAGGGUACAUGGUUGAGCAAGUCUUACCAACGAGGUUUUAUGACUUCAAAUUCAUAGUUCCUGCAAUGAUACCCCGUAAUGACUACUACAUUCGUAUUUUCUCCGUUUAUGACGACACGGAGGUCAACAUGUACAAUUCAACAACUCAUGACUCACACUUCCUGAAAAGGCUCGAGACAUUUAAAGGCCAUUUCAUGGCAGAACCGACUUUGUUGCUGGCUGAUAAGCCCAUUUAUGUGAUGAUUUACUCAACUAACCACUUCAUGAUGACUGCGCAAGCCCUGUCACAGUUUCAGUCCGAGUAUGAAUUUACCCUCCAAAGCUAUACUAGUGCAAACAUCAUUGCUGUAACUAUAAAGACAGCUGACGUCAGUGAACUUUACCUUGACGGCAACAAACUUGCCAUUAACAACACGAAAACCAUCCAGGUCGCAUCCCCUCUGCAGGACUACAGUGUUCUCUAUAUCUCCAUCACUGGGGCAACUAUUCACCGAAUCCAUCACUCUAGGCAGCGAAAGUUCGGGGCGGUACUGUACGAAUCCGGCAAUAGCUAUGCUUACGGAAUGCCUCUACAGAUGACACUCACAGAUAUUGGAUGUUACCUGACCAAUGGCACAAACAGUACGCUCGCCCCAGGACAAGGGUCUCAUCUGGGGUCUCAAAUCAACUACCAAGCUUCAGGUAAGGAUGUUAACUGCUUCAAUUGUGAGGAUAUGACACAUCUCAAGUAUUGUGACAGGGUGACAACAUGUAGGGAAAACGAGGUUUGCUACGUCCAGAGCUACUCCAAGAGUCUCAACACCGUUCGCUACAAGUCAGGCUGCACAAGUAAACUGAAUUGCCGGAGUCAUGGUUCAUCCGGAUGCUUUGAAUGUUGCGAUGGAAGUUACUGCAAUUUUCAUGGGUGUAGUGAUAAUGGUCUGGUUGGGAUUUCUCAGAGAGGUCCGUUCUGUUUCGAAUGUCGCCACAUCAGGGCAGGCGAAGUGUGUGAAACUGUGCAGCUGUGUUCCGUGACUGAGACAGUAAUUGUGUCCACUUUAAUGACAAUGAGAAUGGUCGUCAACUAUUCUGUCCGUUGCACGAACGAAUGGUGUGCAACGUUCAGGUUCGUAAAAGAAGAAAGUAACGAUAUUUUCCAGGCAUGCAUGGUUGAAGAGUAUAAAUGGGGCGAAAAUGACAGACACUACAUCCAGGGAUGCACCGACGCUCAGCUCUGCAGUAGUACAAGAAAACGAGCCGUUGCUGAGCUUGACAGAGAUUGGAGGAAUGUGCCCGGCUGCUCUCACUGUUGUACAACAGAUUUCUGCAACUCAAAUUGCACAGCUUCCAGCAUCAGCCCAGGAAUAAUUGGUUGA